GCCCCGCCGAGCCCAGCGGCGCGGGCUGCCCGCACCACGCGGCCCGGCGCAUUGUGGGGCUCGUCACUGGCGGCGGCCCGCCGGGGGCUGUAGUUCUGGGCGGGAGCCGAGCGGAAGCCAUCGGCGCCCUUCCUCAGUCGCUGCUGUGUUGCAUGCGGGGCUGCGGCGGGAAGGAACGGCGCCGGAGGGAGCGCAGCGUGGGGCGGGUAAGCGAGCACUCGGCGCCGGCCCGGCGCUGCUCUGUCGCCUCACGGACGAGCGGCGCGAUCUGUCCCUCCCACCCCUUCAGGGGUUAACCCUCCCUCCUCUCGCCCCCGGGGCCGUUCCCCGCCGAGCCGCGGCACCACCCGGGCUGGAAGGUGAUGGGUGAGCUGAGAAGCUGGUGAAGCUUAAGUGAAAUACUUCUACUGAUCAGUAGUAGCCCAGAUGAAAUAGGCAUGUCCUAAGAUGGCAGUAGAUCUGGAAUAUGAACCAGCCUACAGAACAAUGGAGGAAUGGUGCCCAGCUUGAUUACAGAAUGCUCUUUCCAAGGAAGUGAACUGUGAAGGAAGGACUCAUGAGUUUGGAUCCCAGGGGCCUGGAGAGCAUCUGUGAUGGCUGCUCCAGUGAGGACAUUCCUGAGGUGGAGUUGGUGAGCAUGCUGGAAGAACAGUUGCCAGAUUACAAGUUACGAGCAGACUCUCUGUACCUGUAUGAAAAUCCAGGCUGGAUUCAGCCCAAGGCUUGCCAUGGCCGUCUGCCGGAGAUGGCUUCUCCAGCUCGUGAGGAGGAGUCCUUCCGUUACAUGACUCUUAUUGAACUUCCUUCCUCCUCCUUGGAUGGAUCUCACAAAUUUGCACAAGUUCUUGGCACAGAUAAUGCAGAACAGAAAGACUACAGUGAAGCUGACAUGGUGAAACGUCUGUUAGCUGAGAAAGAUCGGGACCUGGAGCUGGCAGCGCGAAUUGGACAAGCCCUCCUUAAGCGAAACCAUCUGUUGAUGGAACAGAAUGAAUCACUGGAAGAACAGUUAGGACAAACUCUAGACAGAGUUAACCAGCUGCAGCAUGAACUGUCAAAGAAGGAUGACCUGCUUCGUAUUGUUUCCAUCGCUUCUGAGGAGAGUGAGACAGAUUCCAGCUGUUCCACACCACUGCGUUUCAACGAGUCUUUCAAUGUCUCCCAUGAUCCAUUGCAGCUGGAUGUCCUGCAGGAUAAACUCCGAGAGCUGGAGGAGGAAAACCUGGCUCUGCGAUCCAAGGCUUGCCACCUGAAGUCAGAAACCAUUACAUAUGAAGAGAAGGAACAGCAGCUGGUCAAUGACUGUGUCAAAGAACUCCGGCAAACAAAUGCUGAGAUUUCCAGGAUAACAGAGGAGUUGUCAGAGAAGAGUGAGGAGGUGAUUCGCUACCAGGAAGAGAUCUCAUCCCUUUUGUCCCAGAUUGUUGAUCUUCAACAUAAAGUCAAAGAAAAUGUGAUUGAGAAGGAGGAGCUGAAACUUCACUUACAAGCCUCCAAAGAUGCUCAGAGACAACUGACAGCAGAGCUCCAUGAGUUGCAAGAUCGGAAUGCAGAGUGUCUGGGGAUGUUGCACGAGUCCCAGGAAGAAGUGAAGUUGCUGCGCAGCAGAGCCAGCUCUGUCGCUUGUCUCUGCCACCCGCAGUCGCGUGGAGCAUUUCCUGUGGAUUCCCUUGCAGCAGAAAUUGAGGGGACAAUGCGGAAGGAAUUGAGUCAGGGUGAUGAAUCUGUUCUCUCCAAGCAAAAGGGUCAACAGAAACGAGUGUUUGACACUGUCAAGGUUGCCAAUAUCAUUCGUGGCCGCUCCCCUUCCUUUCCUGCCCCGUUGCCAAUCCCUGGAUCUAAUUGCUCAAGUGCUGUUAUGACAGCAAAGCCCUUCCAGUCUGGACUGCACCACUUGGAAAGCCACACACAGAUGACUCUGGGGAGCAGCUCUGAGAAGAAUUUGAAAGAUGCUCACAGUCCUGGCCAGCCGGGAACCCCUGGAGACAAUGACCUGGUCACAGCUCUGCACAGGCUCUCCCUCCGUCGUCAGAACUACCUGAGUGAGAAGCAGUUCUUCGAGGAGGAGUGGGACCGAAAAAUGCAUUUACUGGCUGAGCAGAAAGAAGAGGCUAGUGGCUUCAGUACACCAACAGAAAGCUCUUUUUCGCCAAGUACAAACUCAGAAUUCACGGAUCUCUCUUCCAGCUCUAGUAAUCUCCGUGUCCUCCUACCAGAGAAGUUGCAAAUUGUCAAACCCAUUGAAGGAUCUCAGACCCUUUUUCAUUGGCAGCAGCUUGCUCGACCCAACCUAGGCACCAUUCUUGACCCAAGACCAGGUGUUGUUACUAAAGGCUUUACCCCUCUGUCUGAUGACACUGUGCACCACAUCUCUGACCUGGAGGAAGAUGAUGAGGAAGAGGGUGAAGGAGGUAUAACAUUUCAAGCACAACAAUCCUUCCCAGAGGAGAAAUGUACAUUGGCAAAGCCAGUGGCAGGCAUUUUCCUGCCCCCUAUUACUUCAGCAUCAGUACCACUCACCGCCUCAAAUCCAGGGAAGUGUCUAUCUUCAACAAAUUCCACGUUCACCUUCACUACCUGUAGGAUCCUUCACCCAUCUGAUGUCACUCAAGUUACUCCCAGCUCUGUGGGUGCUCCAUUUUUAUUGGGAAAUACUGGCAGCAGUACUGGAAAGCCAGUAAUGAGCACUCCAGCCAUUCCUUACAGACUAAGUAUUGGAGAAUUUCUCACUAACAGAAGAGACUCAACUACUACUUUCAGCAGCACAAGCAGCCUGGCUAAACUUUUGCAAGAACGAGGCAUCUCUGCCAAGGUUUACGACAGUCCCAUAUUAGAAAAACUGCCUUUGCUACAGCCCCCUCGAACUCUUCCCAUUCCUUCUACUCCACCAAAUUCUCCUUCACAUUCACCUUGUCCUUCCCCUCCACUGUUUGAGCCUCGAGUGCAUCACUCAGAAAAUUUCCUGGCUUCUCGACCAGCAGAAACGUUCUUGCAAGAAAUGUAUGGCCUAAAGCCCUCCCGUAAUGUCCCGGACGUAGGCCAGCUGAAGAUGAACCUCGUGGACAGACUGAAGAGGCUGGGCAUUGCCAGGGUGAUCAAGCCCCCUGAAACACAGGACCAUGGGAAGAAUCAGGGGCCAGAGGUUAGCUUGCAGAGGCAGGACUCAGCUGGGUUUUUAAAUGCAGGUAGCAGCUUAAUGGCAGGACUGAGAAGAAACCAGAGUCUUCCAGCCAUGAUUGGAGCACUGGGAGCUCCAGUUUGCACACAGUCAUCAAAAAUGGAUAUACUAAAGGAAGACUAAGUGGCCUGAAAGGUGUUUUGACUUGGAGCACAGUAAAUAAUUUGAGGGAUGAACAUCCAGUACAGGCAUUGUUAGAUGUGUUACAGAAGAGUUGGAGAAGGCAUGUGCAUGUUAAAAUGUGGGAGAGACAAGUGUUGGGACCAAGGAGCAAAGGAACAUUGCUUGGGUUUGAGGAAGAAGGUUUUUGUGGG